AUGCAUAUUAACAAGUGCAGGGUCUUGUCAGACCCCCCGGAUCAGCCCCUGCUCCCCAUUGAGGAAGCUGCAGCUAGUCACAGGGAGAUCCUCAAAAGGCACAUUGGGACCCUCACUAAUAACCUUGAAAAUGCUGAAACUGUAUAUAAAAAACAAGAUGAAAAUACUUGGGAACUAAAGAGAAAGAUGGAAAAACGGAGGGAGGAAUUGGACCGUGAAUGUGAAGAAAUUAAGAGUUUCUUUGAAGUAGAGCACGAUAAAAUUGAUAAAGAUCUACUUAUGGAAGAGAAUGAUGCUGAAGAAAAACUAAUUGAAAAUGAAAGGCAAAUUUCAUACCAUAGGUUCAGGCUAAGCAGUCUGUUAAGUCAAACAGAAGAGAAGUGUUUGCAGACAGAUGAGGAUUUACUCACAGGUAUUGAAAGGAUCCACAACAGCUAUGGAAACCGAGAGACCCCAGCAGUGUUUUCAUGUGAAUUAGAGAAGGAGAUUUUCACUCUCCCCCCACAUUACUUGGGCCUGCAUGAAAUGAUCGGCACCUUUCAGGUAGAGUUGACACUGGAUCCUGAAACUGCCCAUCCGGACCUCAUUAUGUCAAGUGAUAGAAAAAGUGUGAUCUAUAGGAGACCAGAUGGUCUUCCUAAUCCCCAGGCACCUACUUCUUCCCCAGCUGUCCUGAGUUCUGAGGAAGUUGAUGCUGGCAGGCAUUUUUGGGCAGUAGAAAUAAUAGGCGCAGGUGAAUGUUUCUUAGGUGUGUGUAAAGAAUCCUUCGUCAUAAAUACUCCCAUGUCACCAUCGGCAAACAACGGAUACUGGCAAUAUCAGCUCUUGACUCGGACAUGUGGCGUCGUCCCUACAGGACAACGGAAGAUUGGCAUUUUUCUGGACUAUGAGUUGGGAGAGAUUUCAUUUUAUAAUUUGAAUAAGUGGUCAUAUAUGUACGGAAUCGCUGAUAAAUUUACAGAAAAACUUAUUCCUUAUUUCUCCAUUGCAUCUUCUUCAGAAUCUCUUACAGUCGGUAUCAUCAGAGUCUAG